UUCACAUUCACACACAGACAAAGUAAAAAAUUCGUACCAUCUUUGCUUUUUCUUUAAUUUUCUUUAUUUUCCUCUUGCACUUUCCACGCAUUAAUACACCAAAGAAAAAAUAUUUCCACAAAACAAUCUCACACAUCUCUCUCUACCAGGAAUAACACUCGUUUCUUGAUCUUUCAAGAGCUCAGUAAUUCUGUAUAACCUGAAUAACCUCUCUUUUGUUUUGUGUGUUCUCGUAAUAUAAGCUCAUAAUCCUAUACUUGUAUAACAUGUGAUGCGAUCUCCUCACAUCAUCGUUUCACUUGUUCUCUUCUUCUUCUUUUCUCUAAUCCUCCAAACCCAUCAGAGAACCAUUGAUCAAACUCACCGGGUUGGCUCGCACGUCAAUGAUGUGGCGGUGACUUCGCCGGAAGGGAGAAGAAGAGAGAGCUUUUGGGUUCGGCGGCCGAUGACCACAUGGCGGAAGGGGAAGAUGCUCAAUGACAGUGAACAUGGAGUCCCAAGUGGUCCGAAUCCCAUCUCCAAUAGGUAGAACCGUAUAAUCUUAUAUUAUUAGAGAGAUUAUUAUAUGGAUAUUUUGCCUUGUAGUUUAGUAUAGCUUUUUGCUUAUGAGGUCGCACGGACAUAAGUCAUCGAAAUGUUACUUGUUGUCUGUUAAUUCAAAGUUUGGAAAUUCUAAUUUUGCAGGUGAUAUUGUUUUGUGGGAGUUACGUGGAAAAUAAUAUAUCUCACUGUAAUUUAA